CGACGAUUCAAGAAUUGGGACCCUACCUUGUUUGGUCUUUGUCGGUUUAAUUAUUACUAUGGUUUCCCGAACCAUCGGAUGAUUCAGAAAACGAGAGAGACACAGAGAGGAAUGAUUGGUUGCAAAUGUCUCUAUUGGAACAAUCUCAGAGAAUUUCCGCCAUUGAAGGAACCUGAAACCUUCUCGCUCCCUGCUUCUCUUCCCCAGUGGCCUUCAGGUCAAGGCUUUGCUUCAAGAAGAAUCAACCUAGGAGAAUUAGAAGUCGCAGAGAUCACAACUUUUGAUUUCGUAUGGCGAUACAUCUCUCCACGAGACAACAACAAGAGUGUCUCCUUCUACAAACCAAACAAUAUACCCGAAAAUUUCCACUGUCUAGGUCAUUACUGUCACUCUGAUUCCAACCUCUUGAGAGGUUUUGUUCUUGUAGCAAGAGAAGUCGUCGCCAAGUCACUUGCGAAACCACUUGAUUACACAUUGGUUUGGAGCUCUAAUGACUUAUCCGAAGAACCUCAACGCAGAGGCUGCGGUUACUUCUGGUUACCGCAGCCUCCUCGAGGGUAUAAACCGAUGGGAUUCGUGGUCACCACGAGUCCCUCGAAACCUGAAUCGGAUCAAGUGAGGUGUGUUCGAGCUGAUCUAACCGAUGAAUGCGAAGCGUAUAGAGUCAUCAUCACCGCGAUAUCAGAUUCUUUAAGCGUUCCUUUGUUUAUAUGGAAAACAAGACCUUCCGACCGCGGAAUGUGGGGGAGAGGAGUCUCCGUAGGUACAUUUAACUGCGGGACUCGAUCCCCGGAAGAAGAAGAAGAUAUUGUCAGUAUUAACAACAUCGCGUGUUUGAAAAACAACGAUUCGAGUUUACACGCAAUGCCGAAUCUCGAUCAGAUUCAUGCUUUGAUCCGACAUUACGGUCCAACGGUUUACUUCCACCCUGAUGAAGCUUAUCUCCCUUCUUCAGUCUCGUGGUUCUUCAAGAACGGUGCGGUUUUGUGCAGCUCUGAUUCUAAUUUUCAAGAACCCGUCGAUGAAAACGGAUCCAAUUUGCCUCAUGGAGGAACAAACGAUAAGCAGUUUUGGAUCGAUUUACCAAGAAACGACGAGCAAAGAAGUAAGUUUCUCAUGCGAGGCGAUCUCGAAAGCUCGAAGCUCUACGUUCACGUAAAGCCAGCGUUUGGAGGAACGUUUACGGAUCUCGCGUUUUGGAUUUUCUGUCCUUUUAACGGACCAGCGACUCUGAAGCUAGGGCUCGUGAAUCUCCCUUUGGCGAAAACCGGCCAACACGUUUGCGAUUGGGAACACUUCACUCUCCGGAUCAGCAAUUUCUCCGGCGAGCUUUACGCCGUUUACUUCUCUCAGCAUAGCGGCGGCGAGUGGAUAGAAGCUCAGGAUCUGGAAUUCGUCGGAGGGAGCAAUAAACCGGUGGUUUACUCGUCCAAGCAUGGUCACGCGAGCUUUGGUAGGUCUGGGAUGUAUUUACAAGGAUCGGAUUUGCUUGGGAUUGGGAUAAGGAACGAUACAGCGAGGAGCGAUUUGUUUGUGGAUUCGAGCUCGAGGUAUGAGAUUGUGGCGGCGGAGUAUCUCGGAGGAGCGGUGGUGGAGCCGCCGUGGCUGGGUUACAUGAGAGAGUGGGGACCGAAGAUCGUGUAUGGAUCGAGAACGGAGAUUGAGAGGUUGAACGAGAGAUUGCCGUGGAGGUUGAGGUGUUGGGUUGAUGCGGUGUUGAGGAAGCUUCCGGUGGAAUUAUCCGGCGAGGAAGGACCGACGGGACCCAAGGAGAAGAAUAAUUGGUUCGGUGAUGAGAGAUGGUGAUUGAUUACUUUCCCGUUGGAACAAUUUUUUUGUAAUGGGCUUAUGAUAUCAGCUUUAUGGGCUUGUAGUGUUUUAUUUAUCAGGCCCAUAAGUAAAACACUACAGGCCUAUAAGGUUAUUCAGGCAAAGAACCUACCAAAACAUGAUAACGGGUCCUAAAUUUGUGUCUUUCCUUAACAGUGUUACGAUCUGUGAAGUGAUUUAGACUGUAAAUUCUAAUUUUAAGUUCAAAGCAAAGAUAGAUAAA